GGUACUACAUGCGUUGCCAUAGUAAAUAGAAUAAAUAUUUAUUUACUCCCACCGCUUUCCGAGGCAUUCUUGAAACUGUGUGUCAGCAAACGUACGGAAUACUUUUGACUAAAUACCGUGAAAGUUUACUCAUCUUCAAAAUGGUUUUGCUACAUGUUAAACGAGGUGAUGAAAGCCAGUUUCUCUAUGAAACAAAUCUCAAUUACGAUGAGCAACUUUCACUCGAGUUGCUAACAAUCUACAAUGGCCGCCUGAAAGUUAGCCGCGUGUGCUCCGAAAUUGAAGAACUAUCGAAGCACGGCACCAUGCUACCACUAGAUAUGCUUGGGCUUACGAUGAACAGGUAGAAAGAGCUGCACUUGGUCGACGAGUGGGCCGAAAAAUGUGUACCUUCCGGCGGUUGGAUCGCUAAUUCCGAUCCAGUGGGUCGUCGAAAUGGGCGACAGCCGCAAGAAAAGAUGCAAGAAAUUUUGGAAAAAGCCGUGACCGACGCUAGGUUAAUGAUCUCUAAAAAGCAAGUCGACCUGGGUACCAUUAUCCAGCAAAAAGUGGUACAAGAUGCAUUGGACUUGCUGCGUGGUGCGGUAACCAUCGUUUAUCCUAUGCAACUUCCACCACAUGAUCCGAUUCUAAUGGAAUUUUUAAAUACCGAAGAUUUGACUGGAACACAGGCAUCUCUUGAAGUGAUUGAGCCCGCUAAAGUUCAGCUUUGGUUUGCCGGAAAGCUUAUGCUUCCUGAUCGAAAACUGUUGGAAAUCGUUGGGAACAAUGAAAAAACGAAAAUCGUUAUAAAGUUAUCAAAAAUCAACGAAGGCGCACCGGGUAGAGAACCAGUAAUGUCGGAAGAAGCCAAGAAACAAUUGAUGUUGCAAGCUUAUCGUCGCCAAGAAGAACUUAAGGUAAGCGAUUUGUUUUUUUUC